GCCUCACCUCCCUGGCUCCAGGUGGAUGGGGAUCCAGGCUGGGAUGCUGCCCAGGGGUUCUGUGCUGAGCUGGAGCUCGGGGUGCUGAGGGAGCAGGAGCUGAUGUGAGCAGUGCCACGGGAUGUUCGACGUCGCCGCGGCGGAGAGGAGACGAGGGGAAGAGGAGAUGAGUGUCUUGCAAGUUUUGUUCUUUCUUUGUCCUUCCCACGUGCCUGUUCCUGGGUGUAAAACGUGUAGAGUGCCAGCUGUGGUUGGUAACACUGCAAAAUGCAGCACUAGGCACUGGGGGAAUAGGAAGAAUCCAUCUGAACCCAACCUCAGACAAGUUAACUCGGCUUUGAACCAGCCCUGGGAGCAAGUCCCCUGUGGUCACUGUUUCUCCUGGGUGCUGGUCAGCAGCUUGCACUGCAAAUACAGGGGGUCAGGCACCCAAAAACCCAGCUGAUUUUUCUGGGAAAGCAUCAGGGUUUAAUUACACAAAAUGAGACAUGACUUCUUACUUUGUCUGGGUAAGAGGGAGGCAAGGAGGAUUUAUGCAAAGGGCAGACCUGCACUGUGCAAGAGCCUCCCAACACUGGGAGAAGGAAAGGCCUUGCCUACAUCUUGUUAAAUUUUCAGCAAUCACAUGGAGGAUAAGAGCUUACCUUUCAUUUACACCAACGAAGCUGGUUUUGCCUUGUCCCUGUCUCUCACUGUGACCAUCAGUUCCAGGCUUUUUGUGGGAAGAAAGAGGGUGGGUUGUUAUAGGGAAUGAGAAUGGCUAAAAAAAAUCCUUUGUAGACUGCCAUGGAGAUCACUGCAGAAAAUGCCAUCGUGUUUUAUGUGGAAAUGCUCUUUCUAGUGCCCUUUCCCAGCUUGACACUGCUCUGGGCUUGAGUCUGAGCUGGGUGUUGGCUGAUUGGAACUGAUGCAAUCACUGGAAUGUGGUUGGGGUGACAAACAUGUGGGGCUUGACCUGUCUCACCGUGUGACUGCUGAGCAACUUCACCUGUGUUAAUGAAGUCAGUGGGUUUGAGUUCCAGGUUAUAAGAGAAUGUUCUGCUCUCUGAGUUUCCUGUACAGAGCUUGGCAAAGGGUGAGAAGUGUUUUAAAACCCCUUUUCGGGGUCGUGUUUGGGUUCUGGACUGUAGAUGUUGUGUCAAUGGAAGGAACAGUCUCCUGGGCUGUGUUACACCCUUUCCCUUCAGUAAAAUUAUCUGUUUGCUGCUUUGCUCUCCAUCUGCUCCAAAGAACUUGUGUGAAAUAACCUGAGUGAGGCUUUGAGCUCAGUAACCAGGGAAGCUGAUCUGCAUCAUGACUCCCUCCUUGAGGCUCUCAUUAUUAGCUUUUAUAUUCCUGCCUUGUCUGUGUUAAAACCACAGGCUGGAGGCAGCCCUCCCUGCUGCAAAGUGUGCACCUCCAGGUCAAUUUACAGUAAAAAUUGCACCCCAGAAAUCCUACAGUCAGGCCUAUUUUCUGACUAUUAAUUAUAAUUUACAGUAAAAAUUGCACCCCAGAUAUCCUACAGUCGGGCCUAUUUUCUGACUAUUAACUGUAAGAGUUGCAGUCCAUACAUUUCUACUAUAAAUAGUAGAAAUGGUAGUAGAAAUGACAGUGGUAGGAAAUUAGCAUUGAGAGGUUGCCACAGAGAUCACUGCAGAGACAGCCCCUUUGUAUUCUGUGUAAAUCCCCUUUCUAGUGCCCUUUCUAGACCCUUCCCACGCUUGGGUCUGAGCUGGGUGACCUUACAACCAGCUCUGAAAUGCAAUAUCUUUUGCUUGUUCAUGGCAUGCUCUGUUUCAUUAUGAAUGCACAAUAGCAAUACCUUCAUUUUUCUCCACUCAGCCACGGCAUGAAGGAAUAUCCCGUGUUAAUCCCCUAAUUUAAAUUCGAAAUUAAAACCUAUCACAACACUUGGAGCAUCCUUUAAUCCAUUGAUUGUCACUGGCUUCAUUCCAGCACUGUAACUAAUUACAUUCUGCCUGCAAAAAAUUCUCAUUGCUGGUGGCUUUUUUAUUUGCCUUUUUUUUUUUUUUUUUUUGGAGAGCUGCUGGUUUGAAUUCUUGUGCCAUCUCUGCAGCCUGACUACACAUUUUUAUGUUUAAAAUGACUAAGCAUCUCUGCUUGCUGGAGGGAUGCAGCGUAGUGCUCUGCAGUAGGUGAUGAGGGUCUCCUGCUCCAGCAGUUGUGUCCAAACACUCUGCUCUGGGGUUUGCUGGAGAUGGGAAAGGAAAGACUGGAGCAAAUCCCGAGUCAUCCCGAUCCAGCAGGUUUUUACAGGGUCAUGUUUGCCUCGGGGCCACUCUUGUGUCCCCACACUGAGCCUGCCAGCAGUUGAAAAUGUGCUGCUCCAACAGUUGUGCUUGUUGGUCUGGUUCAAGGGGACUGUUUCAGCCUCCAAGGAAUCCCAAGGAGCCAGGCUGGAGCAGCAGUGAACAUGCCCAACUUAGUACUCAGGCCCUGGCAGCAGCUUGGAGGGCACAACCCUGGUACUGCUGAACAGCAGAGGGGUGGGAAGCAGGAGAAGGGGGGUCUUAACCUGCAAGUAGCAGCAGCAGCAGAGAAAGUCAGGGUAUUUGGUCUUCAUGCAGCAUUUGCUAAUCCCAGAGGACUUGGAAUGAGUUAAAACUAGCUAAAGUGAUUUUCAGUUGGUGUCAUGGCAUGGGGCACCUUGGGUGGUGUUUGUACCCACGGUGACUGUUGUUGUGUGACCCAUCUGGUCCCUGGGGGAGAGUGGGAGCUGCUGGUGUUGAGGUUGGGUGUGAUGUCUGCACCUUUCUGACUGACUUGUUGCUUGGUGUUCUUGGUAGACAUGUAGGGAAUGUAUUUCCUCGUGGGUUUUUUUACUUGACCCUUCUAAAUCUGUGUGAGGAAGGCUGUUGUCUGGAGGGGGCAGCUGAUGAGAGGCUGUUAUGAAGGCCCUGAGUGAUCACUCUGGAAUUUUUUGAGCAACCCUCGAUGGCUCUCAGCAAUGCUGUGUCAAAAGCUGGCUGUGUCAGUGUCUGUCCAAAAAUGGAACAGAUGGGGUUAAUGAAGUCAAGGAUUAGGUCCCUAAUCUGUGCCAGGACUGCUAGAAAUGUAGGGGUUUUUUUUGGUCACAUGCUAGAAAAAGCAACAAAGGACAAGCAUGAGGAUUUUCACCUCUCUCAGAAACCUUCUCUCAACUAUGCUUCCCUGGCUUUCCUUUCAGCUGAUGCAGUGAACCCAAGGAUCAGGUGAUGACUUAGAAAAAUGGUCCCAUUCUCCUGGAAAUGAAGAGCUCAGGUGCUGGUAAAACUGUUGGCUGGCUUUUUUUUUUUUUUUCCUUUAUGGUUUUACAGUUCCAGAGUGAGGUUCCUCUUUCCAGACUCAGGUUUAACUCUUGGCCAGGUGUUCUCACCCCUGCCCAGUGCCCUGCCUGGGGUCUGUGUCAGGGGCAGGUUGUGCAGGGUGCCUUUAACUUUGCAUCCCUCUCAGGAGGGUGGGAGUUGGGUGUCUAAUUGCUCCCAGGCUGAGCCCUGAGAAGCUGAUGAGUACAAGAAACAGCUGUAUUGGCUUCCUGGGUUGGAAUGAGCUGUGUGGUGGUUUGAAAACUAAAGCAUUCAAGAGUUCUGGUUAUUUCAGUACUCAUCUACUUUUGUGUGUGUGUGUGUGCAGUGAAACUGGACUCAACCCAUUUUUUUCCAGGCUCCUACUUGAAAGUACUGUCUAAGCUGUGGGCAGGGAUGGGAAAAGGUGACCAAGGUCCAUGUGCUGGUUGGUGUCAGAGCCUUUAUGAAGAGCUUGUCAGAUCAGGACAGUGGUGAUGGGAGAAAACACUCCUGCCUGGACCAGCAGUGACCUCUUGUGGGUAGAGGCUGCUGGGGGUGCUGGGAGCUGCCACUUGCAGUCAGGGGGUGUUAUCCUAUCUGUGGCCCUAAAGUGGAUGUGGUGAAGGGAACUCAGAUUCUCUCUUGGCUUAAAUGUCAGAAACAAACAGUUGUAAGUGGUGCAAAGUCUCUUUUCUUCCUCACACGUGUGUGCUCUGGGCUGGGCUGGGAAAUGGUGUCUUGAUGGUUCAGGAGAAGCUCAGGCUCCUCUCCCUGGUGAGCCCAGAGUUGGCCUUUGAGCAUUUCAGGGGAGUAAAACAGAGCAAGAGCAGAACUUCUGCUCACGUGCUUUUUCCAUGGAGUGUCUUUAUCUCUGAUAAAAGCUGUCUCACUGAUCCUGCACUAAAUCCAGGAGAUUUCCCAGUGCUGUGAAAGCAGGCCUUUGUCUGUGAUGUGCAGAGGUGCUGUGGGGUCUCAGCUCCUAAUAAUCACUUAAAAGUCCUAAGGCAUAUGACCAGGUUCCCAGUUAAUGGGGAACUGUCUCAGCCCAGCUUCCUACCAGCUGCAGGGGCAGAGCAAAAACUUCUCCUCGAAGCUGGUUUAAAAAAAAAAAGUAAUAAAAAUUUAAAGGUUAUGUCAGUACAUUUUGUCUCACAGUGGAGGUAAAUUUAUGCAGUUACAGCUCAACCAGUGCCUCAUAAGAUGCAGAGUGUAGCCUGUGUGUCAGAAAGCUCUUUGAGUGGCUGGUGAGAUGAAUUCAAGUCAGGAAAAAAGAUUUUUUUUUUGUCUUUUCACCAAAGACCAGGUUGCUUCACCUCCCUGUGCCUUAAAAACCAUCUGAAAGCAAAGUUCUCAAAGGAGAUUUUUCAUUGUGUCUGUUGCUUUAUUACAAGCUACUUGCUUAGAUUUUUUUCUACUUCUGAGCUACAGACAAUGCUGCCUUUGAGUUGACAUGUGUCUUUGGGCAGUUCCCAAAUAUUUCUGUUCUCUGGACAACUGCAGAUUCCUUGGGAGGGAAGGUAGGAACGUGUGUUUGGGCAGAGGCAGCUGCACUGCUCCCCUGCAGCUGGAAGGUAACACCAAAAUGCCAGGAAUGCCACAGAGAUGCUGGAUGGCUUGGAUGUGGAGAUGCCAAGAAAAUGAAAGGUGGUGGGAAUCCUUGGUAAGAAGUUAUUUGCCUUUUAUUACUCAGUUUUAAAGCACAAACUCUUUGUGGGUGCCCUGCUGCUGAGUGGUGAUUUCUGUGUGUAAACUUACCAUAUUCCUAUUUUAGAGAACAGGGGGAGACCCAGCAGAAAAUCCUCUGCCCAUCCUAUUUCUGAUUGCUAAGACAAAGAUACAUUUGUUUAUUUCUGCAACAUCUGACGACCCAACAAACUGUUUUUUGAAAGAGAGGAGAAGGGAAUAUCUGAAUUACAGCCCCAGGGAAAUGCAAAUUCUGGAUUUAUUUUGAUUCACUCUCUGGCAAGGCCUAAUUAAGCUGUGUUAUGGAGCCACAUCCAACACCCAAAAUAAAAGCAACACUCAAAAGCCAGGGUGUUUGAUAAUGUGGUUUGUCUGGUUUGUGAUAGUCAGGGGAGUGUCUUGUGCUAUAAAAAUUGGGGAAAGGAGAAAACAAACAACGAGGAAGAAGCCAAGAAUGUGUAAGAACAACAACUGGGAAUGCAGCCUUGACAAAGCUUUGUCUCGUGGGGUUUUUUGGGUGGGUCAGAUGGUAGCCAAAGAAAGGCUGGAAUAAUGAUAAGUUAAAAAAAGCUAUUAGUGUCAAACUGUGUUCAGGGGAAAUGCAAGUUGCUGCAACUUCCUUUUCCUAUGAAGAACAUGCAGAGGGCAUCAGGCUCCAAAAUAAACUCCUAAAAGUGAAAGCCUGCUCGGCUGAAGUUUAAUAACUGAGUGGUAAUAAAGGGCAAAAAAAGGUAAGUUGAAAGACAAUCUUGUUUCCAGAGGAAGGAAUUUUAACAGAACAACUGACUGAUGCCCCAAGGUGACCAAGAAGCAGCACACCAGGCCUGGAUGUAGCUGGGGACUUAGUGAAGAGAGUUUUAAGAGGCUCUGAAGUUCUAUCCAGCAGCUUCUCGGAAAGGUGUUGGUGUGACUUGUCCCUGGAGGUGCCUCUGGAGCAGCAGGAUUGGCUUUGGGUGGCACAGGGAAGGCAAGUGUCAGAUGGUCUAUUUGUGAGGUGCUCUGUGGUCCUGACCCUCGUGCCCCCCUUUUUUGUACUGUGGCAAAACUGAUUUAAAUCAACCUGAUAAAAAGCUCUAAAGGCUUCAUUCAGCGCUGGCACCCAACCCAAGGCAGGCAGGGCUGGAUGUCACCCAGAAGCUCUUUGUGAACUGGCAGAGUGGGUGUGAAGGCUCAUCCUGCCAAACUGAUGUGUCCCCCAGGACUUCCAGGAUUCAUUAGAAAAUUGGAUUUGAACUUGCAAGUCAAAACCAGAUGAAGGUAAUAAAAAACUUAAAGGAGGCAGUGGAGCUGCAGGUUUGAGUGCAGCUGUGCAGCAGAGCAGGGGAAGAAGAAAUUGCUGCAGUGGAAAAACCCGCUCUUGGAAAAACAUGUAAGCAGUGGUGGCCCUCUUAUACAUCUGAGGGGAGUGUGGGGUUAUUUUUUAAGAAGUGGAAUUAUGUAUUUUCCAGUAAAGUUUUAAUGGUGCAAAAGCAGAGUUCCAUUAAAUAUUAGUUACCCUGAAAAAGUUACUGGAUUGUAAACCGGUGUGUUUUAAAUACAAAACUGGUCGAAAGAAGUGAUUUAAAAUGUUGAGAACUCUCAGUUUGGAAGAUGGGAAUGUAAAACUGAAAGGACACCGUGGCCAAAAGCGACAUGAAGACAUGAAAUCCUUUGUGGUUUUUUUAAGGUGUUUCCAUCAGGUGUGUUUUCUGGGGUGUGUUAGGUGGCUUCGGGGUGCUGGGAGAAGCUUGAGUGGGGACAGCUGGUUUUACAGGUCCCAAUAAACCCUGUUAAAAACUGAGUUCAGCAGGGAUCCUUCACGGCUGGGAAAUGAUUAAACUGUUUGAGAGAACGAGACACCUGAGACAGCAACGCCCUUUGAAAAUGGAGCACAUCUACAUCAAAGGUGUAAAGCACGAGCUGUCUGUGUGGAAGCCAGUGAAGGAUCAGGCAAACAAGGACAUGCUUUCAACCUGUGAGUUCUUUGAAGGGGAGGCAGGGCGGGGGAAAGCUCUUUCUUAUCGACAGAACCGUAAAAUCCGUUUAGCACGGGAGCGAACGCUCUGUUGUGUCUCCUGAGUCUUUUCCACCCCGCAGGUCGCAGGAUGGAGCAGGAUGCCGCGAAUUAGUGCUGGAAUGUGGAAGGUGGAGGUAACACUGGUGUCACCUGGGGAGGGUGAGGGACCGGUGGUGUGUGUUGCUGCUCUGAUAAACCUUUUUUCUGGACAUCUGAACGUGUUUUUCCAGUGUGCCCCCGAGUGUUCGUAUAUCUGUGCAAACACCGAGAGAUCUGGCUCAGAAGGGGACAGGCGAACUGUGCGCUGUCCUGGGGGAAGAAGGUCCCGAUAGCAAAAGUGAGGAGUCAACAGUAAAGAUUAGGAAACGACAGUAGAACAGGCGUUCGUUUCUGACCCGUCCUGUCGCGGCGGGGUUUUUUAACCUGGAGAACGGAGGGUUUUCUGUGCCGCGGGACCGCUUCGCUCCCAGCGCUCCGCCGUGCGCGGCUCCCGGCGCCGUCCCCGGGGAUUCCCUCGGGAUCCAGGGGGGAGCGGGGGGGCCGGGCCGGGCUCACAUGACGGCGGGGGCGGGUCGGGUCCCGCCGCUGCCGAGCCGGCCCCGGCUCCUGCCGCUCCUGCCCUCCCCAUCCCAUCCCAUCCCGUCCCGUCCCGUCCCAUCCCGGCGCUCCCGCGGAGCGCUCCCGUCCCGCCGCGGCUCCUCCAUCCCUCGCCGCUGCCGGGGCCGGUGCGAUGCCCGCCCCGCUGCCCCCGACGGAGCUGCUGGGCUCGGAGCGGGCCGUGGUGCUCGUGUCCUGUGUCCUGUCCUGCGUGGGCUCCUCGCUCCUGCUCUGCUCCCACGCGCUGUGGCCGGAGCUGCGGACGCGGCCGCGGCAGCUCCUGCUCUACCUGUCGCUGGCCGACCUGCUCUCGGCGCUCUCCUACUUCUACGGGGUGCUGCAGGACUUCGACGGGACCUCCUGGGACUGCGUCCUGCAGGGCGCCCUGUCCACCUUCGCCAACACCAGCUCCUUCUUCUGGACCAUGGCCAUCGCCCUCUACCUCUACCUCACCAUCGUCAGGGGCUCGCCCACGGGCACGGGCUUGCUGUGCUGCUUCCACGCCGUGAGCUGGGGUGUCCCCCUGGGCAUCACGGUGGCGGCUGUGGCUCUGAAGAAGAUCGGCUAUGACGCCUCCAACGUUUCCGUGGGCUGGUGUUGGGUCAACCUGGACGCCGAGGAUCGUGUCCUGUGGAUGCUGCUGACGGGGAAAGUUUGGGAGAUCCUGGCCUAUGUGACCCUGCCAGUGCUCUACAUCCUCAUCAAGAAGCACAUUAACAGAGCACACGCAGCUCUCUCAGAGUACCGCCCCAUCCUCUCGGGAGCACCUGCAUUCCAGCCCAGGACUUCCAUAGCGGAUAAGAAGUUGAUUCUCAUCCCUGUCAUCUUCAUCUUCCUCCGCAUCUGGAGCACUGUGAGGUUCGUCCUGACCCUCUGCAACUCCCCUGCCGUGCAAAACUCAGCCCUGGUUGUCCUGCAUGGAAUUGGUAACACGUUCCAAGGAGGUGCCAACUGCAUCAUGUUUGUGCUCUGCACUCGGGUGGUCCGGGCUCGGCUGCUUUCCUUCAUCUGCUGCUGCAAACACGACGAGGGGGAUUGGCCCUGGCAGAGAUCAAACAGCUCCUGGCAGCGCCCAGAACCCCACAAGGACGUGCCAGGCCCUGAGCAGACAAAGCCACUGCUUUCCAGCACCUGAGCUGCCUCCACCUCAGCGUUGAGUCCUUCUUUCAUGGUGUGGGAUCAUCCCGGAGUCCCACAGAGGGAGCUAAAGCCCGGGAAACGCGCCGCUGGAGAGGCCGAGCAGAUGGAAAAGGUCCCACUCCUCCUUGCCCUCACAUACCAAAGGCUUUGGUCUUCAACUUUGCUCAGGAUCCUCUGGAAGAGACUGUUUGACUGCGCUCCAGUUUCCUGGAUUCCUUCCCUUCUUCCCCUCACCCUCCGCUAAAAGUCUUAGAAAUCGGUUUGGGGUUUUGCUUUUCUGUCUGACGAGGCGAAUGUGUGGUGAGUUCUGAGGUGAGCAAAUAUCACAGGGACAGGGAAACUUCAGUAGCUGCUGAGUAGGACUGUGCUGGGCAUGGAUUUCAGUCCUAGAGUGCCAAUCUUCCCGGGAGCUCCAGGCUGGCUCCUGUUCUUCACUUGAACACGGACAACAACGUGCAAACAAACGUCUCUGUUUGGUGGUGGUGGUGGUGGAUGGUUCCUCUGGUUGGUUUAUUCCUCCUCCUGGAUGGCUGAGGGCCUUCAUCAUCAUCAGGGAUUGUGGUGGCAGCCCAGGAGCUGCCUCCUGAGGAAAUCUGAACUCUGCAGAGUGCCCUGGUGCUCAGGGAUGUUCCCCAGAGCCUCCAGCAAGGACAGCCCUCCCAGCAGUGCCCGGCCAGUGCUCUGAGCUCCAGAGCUCCCCUGCUGAAGGCUGCAGUCUGUUCUUGCUUUGGGAGUGUUGCAUCAGACCUGGGGAGGGGAUGGGGGUUGGUUUGCUUGGUUUACUCUUUGGAGAUAAUGUUUUACUUUAUUUACAGCUCCUCGUUUGCCUGGUGUUAAAAUAUUUCUCCAACUCGUACAAAAUAAAGUUUUGUUUCUUUACCAGG